AUGGAUAUCGCCCUCGAGUUUUGCGAUACCUACGCCUUCGAUUAUGCAUACUCUGCACUUCUUCCAGCUGCCCCAUCGCCUUACAAUCUGAAUGAUGGCUUUAGCAAUGCUACGACUUUUGAUGCGAAAGCCGCUUCGUCGUGGCAGUGGCAACCCGCGAGUCAACUCCUCUCAUUCCCACCCACGGAUGCCGCAUACAUGAGCCAAUGGUCAAGAGACAACAUCUACCGACAGUUCUUGUCCCUAUUCUUGAUCAUGUGGCUUGCUGGUGGAUUGAUAUACUUCAUCGUUUCGACUCUCUCCUACGUAUUCGUCUUUGACAAAACGACCUUCCAGCACCCCAAGUUCCUCAAGCACCAAAUCAAGCAGGAAAUCUCCCAAGCAUGCAGAUCUAUGCCUACAAUGUCCGCCCUGACAGUCCCAUUCUUCCUCGCCGAAGUCCGCGGCCAUUCGAAACUCUACGACACGCUCUCCGACGAACCCUUCAAAUAUUACAACUAUCUACAAUUCCCCUUCUUUAUCCUCUUUACCGAUAUGUUCGUCUACUUCAUCCACAGAGCUCUACACCACCCCUUCUUGUACAAGCGCCUACACAAGUCCCACCACAAAUGGAUCAUGCCUUCACCAUAUGCAGCCAUUGCUUUCAACCCCGUCGACGGCUGGAUGCAAUCUCUCCCAUACCAUUUCUUCCCCUUCUUCUUCCCUCUGCAGAAGUUCGCCUACCUAGCACUUUUCGCCUUUGUGCAAAUUUGGACCGUCUUCAUCCACGACGGAGAAUAUGUCGCCAACAGCCCCAUUCUGAAUGGUGCUGCAUGCCACACAAUGCAUCAUUUGUACUUUAAUUACAACUACGGUCAAUACACGACACUUUGGGAUCGAUUGGGAGGCAGCUACCGGAAGCCGAAUGAUGAGCUCUUCCGACGGGACUCGAAGAUGGGAGAGAAGGAAUGGGCGCGACAAGUCGCGGAGAUGGAGGCGCUAGUGAAGGAUGUAGAGGGGGAAGAUGACCGAGAAUACACAGAGGCACCAAAGCUGAGCUUGAAAAAAGUCAACUAG